CAAUUCGUCUUACAGUAUCACAGUUUUGUGUGAGCUUCACAUUUGGCAGUACCUCUCCAGCUUUAACAAAGACAUCAAAAUGAAAUUGUUCAUUGCCGCCGCUUUGGUCGCUGUGUGCGCCGCUGGUCGGCUCGAACAUCUCGAGCGCUCCUACUUGCCUCCCGACAGCAGCAACAAUCUAGGAUUCGGUGCAAAUGGCCGUUCGCAAAACGGCUUCGGUUCUAACGGACAGAGUAACCAAGGUUUUGGCUCUCAUGGACCGUCUAGCAACUCCUUCGGCUCCGGUUCUAACGGCGGUUCUCACAGCGCCUUCGGUUCAAACGGUGGUUCCAAUUCUGGCUUUGGUUCCAAUGGCAAUGGUUUCGGUUCAUCUAACGGAAAUGGAUUUGGUGCUGCCACAUCGAACCAAUACUUGCCACCUAACUACAGCACAUCUGGAUCUAACGGAUUUGCUAGAAGUGGAUCUUCUUUAGGAGCCCCGAGCACCCAGUACGGUACUCCAUCGUUUGGCAAUAACAACGGAGCACAGGGCGGGUCUCAGUACUCGCAGGGCGCUGGUCAGUACGCGCAGGGACGCACUCAGCCCGGCGCCGGCGCCGGCGUCAACAACCAGUACCUGGCGCCCUCGCGCUCCAACUCCUUCCAGAACAUUCCUCAGCAGAGCUUUGAUGAGCAGACCGGCUACCACUACUAAUGAACAUAAGUCCUUUGUAACAGCUUAGCUAAUGUGAUUGUGUUCUCUGAAU